GAGCGGAGCAGCCCCCCCAUGCUGUCUGCGGACGAUGCCGAGUACCCGCGGGAGUACCGGACCCUGGGGGGCGGGGGCAGCGGGGGCAGCGGGGGCCGGCGCUUCUCCAACGUGGGGCUGGUGCACACAUCCGAGCGGCGGCACACGGUGAUCGCGGCCCAGAGCCUGGAGGCGCUCAGCGGGCUCCAGAAGGGGGACGCCGAUCGUAAGCGCGAUGCCUUCAUGGACCACCUGAAGAGCAAGUACCCGCAGCACGCCCUGGCCCUGCGGGGCCCGCAGGACAGGAUGCGCGAGCAGCCAAACUACUGGAGUUUCAAGACCCGCAGCUCACGCCACACACAGGGAGCCCAGCCGGGGCUGGCAGACCAGGCGGCCAAGCUGUCGUAUGCCUCAGCUGAGUCGCUGGAGACCAUGUCGGAAGCCGAGCUGCCCCUGGGGUUCAGCAGGAUGAACCGCUUCCGACAGAGCCUGCCCCUCUCCCGUUCUGCCAGCCAGACCAAGCUGCGCUCGCCAGGGGUGCUGUUCCUGCAGUUCGGGGAGGAGACUCGGCGCGUACAUAUCACGCACGAGGUCAGCAGCCUGGACACGCUGCACGCACUGAUCGCGCACAUGUUCCCGCAGAAGCUCACCAUGGGCAUGCUGAAGUCGCCCAACACCGCCAUCCUCAUCAAAGACGAGGCUCGAAAUGUCUUCUAUGAGCUGGAGGACGUCCGGGAUAUCCAGGACCGCAGUAUUAUCAAAAUCUACAGGAAGGAGCCACUCUACGCAGCAUUCCCUGGCUCACACCUCACCAAUGGGGACCUCCGGAGAGAGAUGGUGUACGCGUCUCGGGAGUCGUCGCCCACGAGGCGCCUCAACAACCUGUCGCCGGCGCCACACCUGGCGUCGGGCUCGCCGCCACCGGGGUUACCGUCGGGGCUGCCGUCCGGGCUGCCGUCGGGGCUGCCACCGGGCUCGCCGUCGCGCUCGCGCCUCUCCUACGCCGGGGGGCGCCCGCCCUCGUACGCUGGCAGCCCGGUGCACCACGCGGCCGAGCGACUGGGAGGCGCUCCGGCAGCCCAGGGCGUCAGCCCCAGCCCCAGCGCCAUCCUGGAGCGGCGCGACGUGAAGCCGGACGAGGACCUGGCUGGCAAGGCGGGCGGCAUGGUGCUGGUGAAGGGCGAGGGCCUCUAUGCCGACCCCUAUGGGCUACUCCACGAGGGACGCCUGAGCCUGGCCGCGGCCGCCGGCGACCCGUUCGCCUACCCGGGCCCUGGCGGCCUCUACAAGCGCGGCUCGGUGCGCUCGCUCAGCACCUACUCGGCGGCGGCGCUGCAGUCCGACCUGGAGGACUCGCUCUACAAGGCGGCGGGCGGCGGCGGCCCGCUCUAUGGCGACAGCUAUGGCUUCCGCCUGCCGCCCUCGUCGCCGCAGAAGCUGGCCGACGUGGCAGCGCCCCCCGGAGGCCCCCCGCCACCGCACAGCCCCUACUCGGGGCCGCCCAGCCGUGGCUCGCCGGUUCGCCAGUCCUUCCGCAAAGACUCGGGCUCCUCGUCCGUCUUCGCCGAGAGCCCCGGGGGCAAGGCCCGAAGCGCAGGGAGCGCCUCGACGGCCGGAGCACCCCCUUCCGAGCUCUUUCCUGGGCCCGGGGAGCGCCCCCUGGUUGGGUUCGGGCCGCCUGUGCCAGCAAAGGACACAGAGACCAGGGAGCGCAUGGAGGCCAUGGAGAAGCAGAUUGCCAGCCUCACAGGCCUGGUGCAGAGCGCCCUGCUCCGUGGCUCGGAGCCUGAGACCCCCAGCGAGAAGAUUGAAGGCUCCAAUGGAGCAGCCACCCCCUCAGCACCCUGCGGGUCAGGUGGCCGGAGCAGCGGGGCCACCCCAGUGUCUGGCCAGCCCCCAUCCUUGGUCAGCAGCACCCCUGCCGGGCAGCCCACCACCAUCAGCCGCCUCCAGAUGCAGCUGCACCUGCGCGGCCUGCAGAACAGCGCUGGUGACCUGCGGGGCCAGCUUCAGCAGCUGCGCAAGCUCCAGCUACAGAACCAGGAGUCCGUGCGCGCGCUGUUGAAGCGCACGGAGGCGGAGCUGAGCAUGCGCGUGUCGGAGGCGGCGCGGCGGCAGGAGGACCCGCUACAGCGGCAGCGCACCCUGGUGGAGGAGGAGCGGCUUCGCUACCUCAAUGACGAGGAGCUCAUCACCCAGCAGCUCAAUGACUUGGAGAAGUCAGUGGAGAAGAUCCAGAGGGACAUGUCCCACAACCACCGGCUGGUGCCUGGGCCUGAGCUGGAGGAGAAGGCGCUGGUGCUGAAGCAGCUCGGGGAGACGCUGACUGAGCUCAAGGCUCACUUCCCAGGCCUGCAGAGCAAGAUGCGGGUAGUGCUGCGUGUGGAGGUGGAGGCAGUGAAGUUCCUGAAGGAGGAGCCACAGCGCCUGGACGGGCUACUCAAGCGCUGCCGUGGGGUCACGGACACGCUGGCCCAGAUCCGAAGGCAAGUGGAUGAGGGUGUGUGGCCACCCCCCAACAGCCUCCUGAAUCAGUCCCCCAAGAAGAUAACAGCUGAGACUGACUUUAACAAGAGCUUGGACUUUGAAAUGCCACCCCCCAGCCCUCCAUUGAACCUGCAUGAGCUGAGUGGGCCAGCCGAGGGCGCUCCCCUGACCCCCAAGGGCAGCAACCCCACCAAAGGCCUGGACACUCCUGCCAAGAGAAGCAUAGACAAGGCUGUGUCUGUUGAGGCUGCUGAGCGGGACUGGGAGGAGAAGCGAGCAGCCCUGACCCAGUACAGCGCCAAGGACAUCAACCGGCUGCUGGAGGAGACCCAGGCGGAGCUUCUCAAGGCCAUCCCUGACCUGGACUGUGCAAGCAAAGCCCACCCGGGCCCAGCCCCCACCCCUGACCAUAAGCCCCCCAAGGUCUCCCAUGGCCAGAAGGCAGCCCCCCGAACGGAGCCCAGCGGGAGGAGGGGCUCAGAUGAGCUGACAGUGCCCCGCUACCGCACAGAGAAACCCUCCAAGUCGCCCCCACCACCCCCUCCCCGCCGGAGCUUCCCCUCCUCCCAUGGCCUGACCACCACACGCACCGGCGAGGUUGUGGUCACCAGCAAGAAAGACUCGGCCUUCACCAAGAAGGCCGAGUCGGAAGAGCUGGAGGUGCAGAAGCCUCAAGUGAAGCUGCGCCGUGCCGUGUCCGAGGUGGCCCGCCCGGCCUCCACGCCGCCCAUCAUGGCCUCAGCCAUCAGAGACGAGGAUGAGGAGGACCGCAUCAUCGCAGAGCUGGAGAGUGGCGGUGGUAGCGUGCCACCCAUGAAGGUGGUGACUCCGGGGGCCUCUCGGCUGAAGGCGGCCCAGGGCCAGGCAGGCAGCCCCGACAAAAGCAAGCAUGGCAAGCAGAGGGCCGAGUACAUGAGGAUCCAGGCCCAGCAGCAGGCCACUAAACCAUCCAAAGAGAUGAGCGGGUCAAAUGAGACCUCGAGCCCAGUCUCAGAAAAGCCUUCGGCUUCCAGAACCUCUAUCCCCGUAUUGACUUCUUUUGGGGCGAGGAAUUCUUCCAUCUCCUUCUAGAAGCCCCCUCACACCUCCACCCCAGCCUGUCUCCCUCCCUCACCCCUGCCAUUUCUCUCCUUCCCCACUCUUCUUCCCUUCAUCUUCACCCCGCCUCCCCCCAUUCUCCAGAUUCCCUGAAGGGUUUGCCACUGGCGUGGCCUCCUCAGCUGUCUACACCCAUCCCCUCUUGGUGUUUUUGGUUUUUAAAUGACUCACUUUUAAUUAUCUUUUUUUAAAAAGCAAAACAGUAAAACUAAAAACCAAACACACCACCUUCCCUUGAUUUCCUAUUCCAAAAUGGCCUCCUGUUGGCCCACUUCCUGUCACUCCCUUUUCUCUUUCACCACUCUUCCUCCCAAGUCCGUCCUGCAGUGUCUGCACCCUCCCUUCGCCUCCCUGCCUUCCCCCUAACUUCCCAAGAGAACUCCAAACAAACCCUGAGCCACGGAGACUUGGAGCAGGCUGCGAGAGAUUCACUUCCCUCUUACUUGGAUACCUUCCUGGAGGAACACCUGGACGUUGGACCAACCCCGAUAUCAGGCUGGAAAAUGGGAUGUGGGGAGACUCUGGCCCCGGAGAUGGCCUCACUCCCUGUCCAACCUCGGGACAAGACUGAACUCUGCUGCUACCCUGCACCCCUCCACUCAUGCUCCCGUGGGCCUGGCAUCACCAUGAACAGGCUGGAGAUGGAGGUGGGAGUUUGAGAGGCCUUAGAGUAUGUGUGAGGCCGUGGAAUCUGUGUAUACUUGGAGAGGAGCUUGCUUACUGGGACUCACUGUACUGGCCGUAAGGAGCAUCCUGGCCUGUGCUGAGGAGAGGAAGCAUGCCAUUUUGGGCUUUGCUGGCUGUGGAGGGUGGGUGGAGCAGGCAGCCAUCACUGGGGCACUGCCUGGGACAGGGCAGCCCCAAAGAGGGGUACUGGGUACUUUUAGUUUCCUAAUUUAGCACUUUAAAUGACAUUAACUUAUUUAAUGGGAGUGGGGUGGGCAAGAAUGAGGGGCCUAAAAAAUUAGAUUUUGAGGCCUGGAGGGUGGGAAGGGUUUGGUUGUGAGGAAAACUAGAGAUGGAGUUGAUGGGGACAGUGAAGACACUCUGACCCCACUGGUAGGGGGGUGACUUGAUCUCCCUUUGAGGGUUUUCAGGGAGGGGGUAAGACCUGAUAUUUAAAUGGAGAGCUGGUGACCCCAAGUGAGAUUCUUGAGGGUACCUGAGGGCUUGACCAGCUCUGGCCUGUGGAUGGCCUGAGGGCGCAGAUUGUAGAGACUGGCUUUAGGCUGGGUCUUGGAGAGGGAGAAGAGACCAAUUGUCGUUCUCAGCCCUAGCGCCCCCAGAGGGAAAAGUGAGGGGCCUGCAGGGAGGCUCUGUGGGUGGGGAGGGGGAGGAGGAUGGAGUGAGGAGUCCCAGGGAGCAGGGUUCUGAUUUGGAGCACAAAGCGGGGUAAGCCCAGGGGAGGGGGGAGUUGGGAUUAGCUCCCCCGCCAGCUAGCACAGAAAGAAGGAGCCACUGAAGGGGGGGAAUCCUAGACUUGGACUCCUGCUCUGGGGCCUGGCAGGGGGUAUAGGUCAGCACCUGGGGAGAGCCAGGGGUUUGGGGAGGACGGGGCAGCUGGGUGUGUUUCUUCAUUUCUUUUUUUGUUGUUGUUGUUGUUGUUUUUUUGGUUGGUUCAUCCUUGUUUUUUAGCUUCUGAUCAUUUUUGUACAAAGGCAAGCAAGCCUUUUUGAAAAAUAACAAAAGAAGAGGAAAAAAAAUCCCUCCUAAAAAAACCCCUGGAAAAUGGAAAAAAAAAAAAAGGACUCCAUAAAUGAUGCAAUUACUUUUAAUUGCAGGCAACUCUUUACAUUUAAGUGAAGUGUCUUAACAUUUUAUAUUGUUUUAAAAAUAUAUUUACAUAUUAUAUAUAUAAUAUACGUAAUAUAAAUAUAUAUAAAUAUUUAAAAAAGAAAAAAAAAAAGGAAAAAGAAAACCACGGCACUCUCUCCCUGGCCGCAGUUUUGGCGGGGGAGGAGAUUCGAGGGUGGGCCCAUUGGCCUGGCUUCUGUGGUCCAGUGACAAGGUUUGGUUUGAUUUGGCUGUACAGAGACCCUCUGACUUGGAAGGGGAGGGGGGAGUGGUGCCCCCUCCUCCCUCCACUCCAUUACUCUUCGCUUGCUACUCUUUGCUUGCCCCCACCUCCCUCCCUCCCUUUGCCCGGUGACCUGAAUUCGUGCCCCACCGUCAUUGUCCUGAGUUGAAUGUCCCUUUGUGGGGGGAAGGGGCAGUGUCCAUCCUUGAGGAGCAGAUGGAGGGAGCCAUGUGCCCUGCCCCAUUUGCCCAAGUAGAGUCCAGUGGGAUUUGCAUCUUUCUCUGACUUUGGUUCUUGCACAUUUAUGGUCUGGGAGGCAUUUGCGUGGAGUUGUGUGCAGCCUGAGUGUGUGCGUGUGUGCACUUGUGUGUAGGGAAGCAUGUGUGCAGAUGCACAGAGCAUGCGUGCACAGGCGUGACCUACCACAUGUAUGUCCCGGGAGGCUUGCACACAUAGGUAUAUAUAGCCUGUUUGGGCUGGCACGUGCCUAUUGCAUGCUGGUGUGUGCGGAGCUUUGUGGGUGAGGCCGUGUGCGGUGGGUGUGUGCAGAUGUGUGUAGCUGUGAGAGACUUGUAUGUGUGGGGGCCACAUGUGUGGACAGAGGCCUGUACGUGGAGAUGCGUAAGAACCGUGUGGAAGGUAUGUGCUCUUGCGGUGUGCAUGCGUGCACGAGGGUGAGCUGGUGCAGACCCAGGUGUGUGGGAGUGUGUGCGUGUGUUUCCCAUCACCCUGCACCACUCGCUCUGGCUCCCCUCCCUGUCCCAAGCCCCCCACCCCAGGCCCCUCAAAGCCCACAGCACGUCGAUGCCCCCCAGCUGCAUGCGCCUCGCUGCUCUGUCCAUCAGUGUGUGCUUGACCAAGAGAAAACUAAAGACGUCUGGGGGGACCACUGUACCUGGUUCCCCCCAACCCCCACCCACUGUGCUGUUACUCACAUGGGGGGUUUCUCUCCUGCCCCUUCCACAAUAUACUGUUUCCCCAAGAGCCUCUGGCCCAAGGCUCUGAGUGGGUCCCAGGUGGGAGUCCCCCCCAGGGUGAGCUCAGCCUCACCCCCUGCCCGUCCACCCUGUAGGGCCGUGUUGGUGUAGCAGUGAUGGCUUCUGUGGAUACUCUGUGACCUCUGUCGGUGUAACCUGAUAACUUCUAAAUGGAAAGGGUUGCUGUGUUUUCUCCGUCUCUCUCUUUUUUAAUGUCCUUUUUUCUUCUCCCCACUUCCCUGCACUCUUUCCUUUUCGGUUUUUCUACCCGAGUGUUUGGGGCUUUAAUAAAACUUGUUUCUUUUUCCUCUCCUGGAUUUCCUUCCCAUAGACUGCUGUCUGAUUAUUUCUCAUCUUCAUCCUUGAGGGCCUGGAAGAUGCUGGGGAUGGGGGGAGGACAGAGGACCCCGGACAGCCAGUUUCCUCCACAGUUCAGCAAGCAGGGGCGUGAAGGAAGGGGAGUGGACACAGGGGCCAUGGGGCUGGUGCUGCCCCUAAGGUUUUAGGAGAACCAGCACUAUCCUGGACGCUGGAGGGGAACACUACUAACUCUGAGGGGUCUGCUCUCGGCCAGGUGCUCCAGGCGACAUCCAGUCACAUCCUCACAGCCAUAAGUAAGAUAGCUACUGGCACUACUUAACAUCUGCUAAUGACAAAGCAUUUUUUUAAAUGACAAAGCCAAGGCUCAGUGACGUCAGGAGUCUCUCCCAGUGUUGCACAGUAAAUUGCAGAGCCAGGAUUGGAGUCCAGCUCCCCCUGACCCUAGAGCAGUGAGUGCUUUUCCCCCAAAACCAGGCAGUC